AUGUCGAUCGUCCCGAGCGACGAAGCGCUCACCGAGCAAAUCAAACUCAUCCUCACCAAGGCUCAUGAAAACGAUACGAUCGGCGACCACACCAAGCGUAAAGUCCGCGAGAUGCUCACGGACUACUUUGACGCCUGUCUCGAAAGUCCCAAGACCAAGAAGAAGGUCAAUGCCAUGGUGAUGGAACAGAAUGAUCUCAUCGCGAAAGCCCGUCAGCAACAAGGAAAGGGUUCAGCUUCGACUUCCAAGGCUGCAUCGACCUCCAAGUUUGCCUCGCCUGUCAAGGCUGCAGCGACCUCUAGGCCUGCAUCGCCUGUCAAGGCUGCUUCCAAGAGCGCCAAGGCCAAGACUCCGAAGCGCAAGCGUGCCUCUGCCGCUGCAGACAGUGACAGCGACAACGACGCCGAAGCUGCACACAAGGCGCCCACCGGCCCCGUCGGCGUCUCGAGCGACACCGAGCCAGCCUCGGACGACUUCAGCGAGCUCGAGGAAGACACGUCCACCUCUCGCGUCAAAAAGAGCAGAACAACAACUAGCAAAAAGUCCGCCUCUUCCUCCGCUCCCAAACGUAAGUCCACCGCCAAACCGUCCGGCAGCGAAGCAGAACAGCGCCUCACGCGCCUCAAGAAGCUCGUCUCGGAAUGCGGCGUGCACAAGCAGUGGAAGCGGCUCUACGAGGCGGCCAACGUCGACGCCACCGACUUUGACGGUCAGAGCAAGAUCGUCCAGGGCGUUCUGCGAGAGCUGGGCAUGACGGGCAAAGGGUCGCUCGAGCAGGCAAGGAAGAUCCGCGAGGAGCGCGAAUUCAACGAAGAGCUAGCGGCGUUGCAGGAGAACGAGGUGGUGGGAAAGACCAGAGGCUCGAGGCAGACGAGAGCCUCCCUCGGCGAGAGUGCUAAGAGGUCCAAGACGAUCGAGAUCAGCGACACCGAGGAAAGCGGGAGCGAGUUCGACGAGGCUCCUCCCAAGAAGAGCGCGAGGAAGGCCGUGUCCGACUCGGACGAGGACGAAGACGAGGACGAUGGGCCCGCCCCAAAGAAGAGCUUCAACAAGUCGCUCGCGAGCUUUGUCGCCGAUAUCAACUCUGAUUCCGACUGA